GGUCCUUUCCUCGUUCGUUCGUUCGUUCGUUUCUUCGGCCCUUAAUCGAUGCGCACGCGAACCGAGUGAGAGAAAAUCAACGUGCAUAUUCGCCUGCUUCUUCAUCGGCUCGCGUACAACCGCCAUGUGUUUAAAAGAAAUUUCGCCAUUCUGCUGACAGUGUGCCAUUUGUUUUCUCAAAUUUUGCUCAUAAGUUUUACGUCUCGUUUCACGGUGUGUGGUGAAUUAUCUAUAACGAAGGGAUAUAUAUCUCUGUCGGAUAUUUACUUUACACAAUUUUUCGAUCCAGAAUAAGCCCCAGUGCAAUGUCGUCGGAAUAUUCAUUCUGCAGCGAGGGAGGCUUUGACGAGCUUUCAAGCUCGUCUGACUCUGGUUUUGACGUGAGCUUUGAAUCCCCGAAGCACGAGUCACCCACCGACGCUCUUUUCCCCACCGCAAAGGAAGAGAAACGGAAAAAAUCGCGCGGCACGCGGUGCAAGAGUCCAACUCAGGUCCUUCGCCUGAAACGUAACCGUCGCAUAAAAGCGAACGAUCGAGAACGACACCGGAUGCACACCCUGAACGACGCGCUGGAACGUCUUCGCCUGGCGCUCCCGACGUUCCCCGAGGAUACGAAAUUGACGAAGAUCGAGACGCUCCGCUUCGCUCACAACUACAUAUGGGCCCUGUCGCAGACCCUGGGAAAGUCCGAGGCCGGCGAGAUAACACUGAACGUCGGGAACGUGACGGUUAGCAUCGGCGAGAACGGGAACAUGAUCACAUCUUCGACCGGAAGCUGCGCCGUCGCAGCUCAAAAACGCCUUGGUCCCGCUCAUUCGGCGUUCCCGUAUCCGCAGGAGAGAUUCAUGCCCGAAUGGCAGGAGUACGACUGCUACAGCGAUCAGAGUAUCAGUCCACCGGUCCAAUAUCAGCCCUGCUACGAACAGCGAGUAUACGGACAUCAUUCUCCCCACGUUCUGCCCGCGACCCAUCACCACGCCAUGGGACACCAUACCAACAUGUAUCAGUGCUUGUAAAACGAUUAUAAAAUAUCGUAGCGCGAGUUGUGAUGUGGUGAUCGGAGUCUCGUUAGCGGUCGGUGAAACCGAGGAUCGUCGAGAAGGACGUUGAUCACCGCCAUUUUCGGGGUCAAAGUUCGCGAGCGGCAAACUGGGGUUGAGAUUUUUUUCUUGAGAUUCUCGAGCUCGCGGGAGAGAGAAGGUUAUAUGAUUUUGUGUAAGAAAAGAAAAUAGCGUGAUAUCUUGAGUAAGUUAUGGGUUCGGAGCUUUCCGUAAUUUUCAAUACAAUAUCAUUUGGAAUCAGAACAAGUACGUGCGGUUGUCGCCUUUAUUGGGCUAAUACGAUUGUAUAAAAAAAAAAAACAAAGAAAAAACAGAAAACGAAAGAAAGUAAUAUUGCUAAAGAUUAUCGUUAUCUAUUUUAUAAGAGAAUGUUAUAUUUUAAUAACCUAAUUAGUGCGAAUGCGAUGUGUGUCUAAAUCUAUUUUUAGUUACCAUUCUAUUUCCAGUCUGUACGAGAUGCCGGAAAUUUCUCCACCUCGUAUUUUUCUAUAAUUCAUGCAACAGAUUGUACGCGUAAUUUAUAAAAUUUCACCAAACGACAAGCACGCGACGUUUUAGUUGUUAAUACGUACUAAUUAAGUUCCUCUCGGAUCUAGUCAUUAUAUUUUUAGUUGAUCUCACGUAACGCGGGUUUACGCUCGAUCUCAUUUUUGUUUUACAUUUCAAGGAGUUUUAUGAUAACAAUAAUAAUAACAGUAAUAAUAAAUACUAUGCCUCAA